AUGCUCACUCAACGGCCUGUUAGCUUGGAGAUCCUUAGUGAGACAGUUUCUUCGUUAGGCUUUUCAUGGAACAUUGAGAAAGAUACCAAGUUAACAACCGCUGAUAAUAAACAAAUGCCUCGUGUUCAGGCUUCGAUUGGCGGUUUCAGCACCACUUUAGAUAGCUGUCCGUUAAUUUGGGGUUGCAUAGAAAUUAGUGGGACCACGCGUUAUUCUAUUCGGCUGGAUUAUAGAGGAAUUAUGCUUUACGCGACUUCG